AUGAGCGCCAGUGAUUCCGGUGCCGGGGGCUCCGCAGCAGCGGGAUCCUCGGGAACCACAAGUGAGAGCAUGUCCGGCAUCACCAGCAACUCUGGAGGAAGGAGUGGUGGCAGGGGCAGAGGUGGACGUGGUGGUAGGGGCCGAUUUGGAGGCCGGAGGCAGGGUGCCCCCACCGCAGCCGCAAAGAAGUUUGCAGGCAGGUCCACCACGCUGGAAGGCCAUGUGUAUGACCUGUCCACUCCCUCAGCAACGGCUGCAGCUUUCUAUGACACGACAAUGGAGAUUGCCGAGUUUGUAGGGCGUACCUACACAAAAGGCAACUACACAAAACUCGAGAUUGAGUCCCUGAGGACCCAGGAAAUCCCAAAACCGGCAAUGGCAACCAAUGCAGACGGAACGGUCUCAACAGACGAAGUCGACAAGGAAAUCUUCAAACAGGAAGUGUCGGCAUUCGUGAAAGGACGCGACAAGCUAAAAGAGAACCGGCAGAAUGCUUUCUCCCUCAUCUGGGGCCAAUGCAGUGACAAUAUACGAACAAAGGUGAAGAGCAGCACGAGCUUCGACAAGCUGAGCGCCGAAGCGGAUGUCAUUGGACUACUGCAAGGAGUGCGCACCGUGAUGCUACAGUUCCAAACCAGGAAAUAUCAACCGCUGGCCAUACUGGAGAGCAAACGACGAGUGAUCAACUUCCGACAGGGAAAGCUGACUGUCGGGGAGUACUACAGGCUUUUCAAGCAGAAGGUCGAAGCAACAGAACACAACGGUGGGAGCUUCGGGUACGAAACGACGUUGAUCCAGGCUGCGCUGCCCACGGGAACAACAAUUGACUCCGCUACGGCCGCAGAAAUGGCGGCGGCAGUGGCUAUCGUGCGUGACAGGACGCUGAGCGUCAUGUUCCUCUCGGGAGCAGAUGAGGAACGAUAUGCGGACCUAUCCAUCGACCUCGAGAACGAUUACACAAGGGGCGAGAACAACUACUCGAAGACGCUUGAUGACGCAUACGCACGAUUGGAUGCGUACCAUCCGAAGAGGAGCCGUAAUCGGCAACAAUCAUCACAUGCCGCCGGAAUGGCUACGGAAGUGGCGUUCACGUCGGACGGUGAGGAAUUGGUGGCUGGCACGAACGGAAAGACGUUUGCACACGUCGAAUGUCACGCCUGCAACAAACAUGGCCACUAUUCCAACAAAUGCCCGUCCAGAGGCGAGAGUGAGGCUGAAGGUGCCGUGCAGAUGCUGAUGAACGCGUACGAGGAAGGAGAACUGUCGGAUUUUUCCUUCCUGCACAGUGAAUAUUUUCUGCAACAAGAAGAUGCUCAGAAAUAUUCGGAAGGGCCAUGGAAGGGUCAAGGUGCAGUGCAAUGCUGGCGUGGCUACGACAGACCUCAUCGGGGACCUUCCAGGAUUUCCCGAGCCGGUCUGGUACAUGCCUGA